AUGCCUACAUCUAGGCAUCUGUGGAGUGCAGUUGCUCUGCUCGUCCUUCUACUUCACGUCGUCGUAUCACGUCAUAUCACCAAGGCGAAAAGAAAGAGAACAACACGGAUUCAUCCGGACAAGGAGCGUGUCAUCAUUCUCGGGGCAUCAAGUGGCGUCGGCCGGGCGCUCACAAAACACUAUGCCGCCCGCGGUGCUAGGGUCUGUCCUGUUGCGCGACGAGAGGAGCUGCUUCAGGAGCUAGUCAAGGAAUGCGGCAGUCAGUGUACGCCAUUCACCGGCGAUUUCACCUCCCCGGCGGACAUGGAGAGAUUACGGAGGAAAAUACUGCAAGAAUGGGACGGUCUCGACACAUUACACAUCUGCGCUGGCGUUUCUGCGGUGCAGCCUGCGAUGGCGCUGGCCGGUUACCAGACAGGCGAGGACGGACCCGAUGUUGCCGGCGUCAAGCGAGCCGUGGAAAUCGCAGGCCAAGCAACGCAGGGCAACGUCGUCGGACCGCUCGUCGCCGCAACGACGUUCAUCCCAAUGAUGAAGCGCACUUCGGCCUCGCCCGCCAUCUUACUAGUGUCCUCGGUCGCCGCCGUCAUACCAGCGCCGACGCGUGCUCUCUACGCCGCGACGAAAGCGGCUGCUCUGAAGUUCUUCCAGUCUCUCGCCAUCGAGCACCCCGAGAUCUCAUUCACAUGCAUGCUGCCGGCCACGAUCCAGGGCAACUUUCGAUCUUCGGCCGUCGACGUGGACCCGUCGAUGAGGACUGGCCCGGCGAAUAAAAAGGGCCUCGCGGUGGAAUAUGUAGCCGGCAAAUGUGCCGAUGCCGUAGACCGGGGGACGGGCGGCAACGUAGUUCUACCUUGGAUCCCGUAUGCCCUCGCGCACCACCUGUACUAUAUCUGGCCAUCAUUAAUCGAACGCGCGGCGAGGCGGAAGUAUCACUUUAAGGCAUAG